AGUAUUUUAUUGAAUUUGUUACAAAAUACUUCAAACAUGGUUACAUGUGAACAUGGGUUAGCUAGAGUUGCAGUGGUAAAUAAAAAAAUGCUUUAAAAUGAUUGACAAUGAUAAUGUUACGUAGUACUAUUGUGGCAGUGAUCAUAUUUAUUCCACUGGCAUCAAUUCAGCAUUUUAUUGCGCCUAUAAGUUAUUGUCUACUAGCUGCUAUUUGCAAUCACUCCUAUGUUCCCGUCUGUGCAAUGGAUAUGAAAUUAAGUGACUACAAGAGAUUUACUGAUGAAUGUGAUGUAUACGAGUAUAACUGUGAUAAAAAUUUGAAUUAUCAACUGGUAGAAUAUCAGGAUUGCACAACUUUCUCAACAACAACGGGAUGUCCAUCCCUGGAUAAGUUAAUGACAAAAAUUCUUGGCUACUACAUAUUUGAACCUAAUGGUGUAAAAAAAAGAUAUAGUCCUGAAUUGACUAUGCCUACUUUCACUUUCCCAAGAGCACGUCGUGAGAAUGAAAUAUAUACAACAGAGAUGACUAGAGAAGUAGAAGAAACUACUCCAUGUUCUCCCUGUGAAAGAAAUAAAAUGCUGCUUGCUGCACUGGAGGCCAAAGAAAGGACAAUGGAACAAGUCUUUAUGAGUACCAGUACAAAGAAGAAACCUAGUUCUCGUCAGGUGAAACGGGCCAGCACAGAGGCGACGAUAGUGUUGAAGAAAGAGACAGUCUGGAAGAAUGGCAAGAUAAUGCAUAAGAUAAUUAAAGGACCAAAGCCGAAGCCAAAGGUGGCUAAACAAAAGAACGUGAAACCAAAAAGCAAGCCACCUCGUGACAGUUCCGAUUUUUUGGAAAAUUGAGCAUAGGAAGUAAUUUUACUUCUAAGAUUGUACACGGGCAUAAUUAUUUGAUAUAAUUGUUUUACCUGAG